AUGAUUUAUCUGGAAGAAAAAACAUUGCAGUGGCACCAAUCGUAUAUGAAAACUCGAUUGGGAAUGAUUCCUAGCUGGAAUGACUAUGUGAGAGCGGUAUACCUUCGAUUCAAAGAUAUUGAACACGCAGAUCCCUUGGCGGAGUUGGUAGAACUUAAACAAGAAGGUGACGUUCAAGAGUUCUUGGACAGAUUUGAUGAGCUACUAAACCAAGUAGAUAUAACAGAAGAACAGUCAAUUAGCAUCUUCUUAGGUAAUUUGAAACCAAAUAUUGAAGUCCAAUUUCAUAUGUUGGCACCAAGAAUGCUUAUAAAGGCAUACAAUCAGGCUAAACUUGCAGAACAAUCCCUUAUGUUGCAACAAGGGCAUACACAAGCACUGGUAAGAAGCUCCAGGGCCUUAUUACCAACUUCUUCUAGUUCAUGGGGUAAUCAGUUCAAAGGAAAUGGGAAUAAUCAACGAGAUAGCACUAAUUUUACAAUUAACAACAAGAAUCCUAGAUUCGUGAAUAAGCCUCAAGUUCAGGGAUCAAGAAGGUAUGUAGCCAGUCAGAAAGAUGAGAUUGAAAGAAUGGUGAAUGAGAUGCUGGAUUCAAGGGGAGUAAUUGAUGACCCUCACAAAAUCAAGGCUAUGAUGGAAUGGCCUGUUCCGACCACACUCAAGAAGCUCAAGGGAUUUUUGGGACUCAUAGGGUACUACAAAAGAUUUGUACGAGGUUAUGGAUUGAUUGCUAGACCAUUGAAUGGCUUACUUAAGAAGGAUAAAUUUGAAUGGUCUGAGGCAGUAUCUAUUGCAUUUGAUAAACUCAAGGUGGCAAUGAGUACAACAUCUGUCUUAGCUCUACCAAAUUUUUCUAAGGAGUUUGUCAUAGAGAUAGAUGCUUGUAGGCAUGGGAGAUGGGUUGUUUUGAUGCAAUCUAGUCAUCCUUUAGAUUAUAUGAGUAAGGCUUUAGACUCUACACGCUCAACUCUAUCGGCUUAUGAAAAAGAGAUGCUAACAAUUGUGUUUAUUGUGGAUAAAUAG